AUGCCCGGUAUAUUCCAACGCAGCAGCGGCCCCAAAGCCAGCUCCAACUCCCACAGACGAGAAUCCCAGCGCAGCGCUCCCUGGGACUACCCCACCGUCAGCAACGACUCUACCUCGCGCGAGAAGCACGCCCAAACCCUUCCUACACAUAACAGUCCCCGGAAUGGAAAUGAGAAGAGUAAGAUCUUCAAUGGGAUCCAGCCCGAGGGCGAGAGUGGCCGUCGUGGAUUCCAUCCGUUCAAGUUCUUGAAGAUUUGUUGGAAGUCGGCGAGUUAUGCAUCCAAAGUCGUCAACCUCCUCUGGCCCGUCGUCCCCGCCGCCAUCGCCGUCCGCUAUGCCAAACCCGACGCGCACCUAACCAUCUUCAUCCUCAACUACAUCGCCAUGGUCCCCUGCGCCAACCUCGUUGGUUUCGCGGGUCAGGAACUCGCUCGGAAACUCCCGAAGGUGUUUGGUGUCCUGCUGGAGACUACACUGGGUUCUGUGGUGGAGAUUGUGCUGUUCAUGGUACUGCUGAAUACGAAUCAGUUCCAGGUUAUUAGGGCUGCGAUUCUGGGUUCGAUCUUGGCGACGUUGUUGCUUUGUUUGGGCAUGUGCUUUUUUAUUGGGGGCAUGAGGAGGGAUGAGCAGAAGUUUCAUGAGGCGGUUAGUGAGGUUGGGAGUGGGUUGCUUUUGACUGCAGGACUUGGUCUCAGCGUCCCAGUUGCCUUUCACACGGCUCUUGUCAACGGCACCCUCACCACUGUGGAAGAGCUCGAUCAUAAAGUCGUCAUGAUUUCUCGAAUUGCUUCGAUUAUGCUCAUGGUCGCUUAUGCUAUUUAUGUCUGGUUCCAGAUGCAUACGCAUCAUGGAUUGUAUGAUGAUCUUUUUGAGAAUGAUGAGAUGAUCGAUGAGGAUAGACAUAAGGACCUCAGGAAAGCCAAGCUUACAUUCACGGAAUGUAUCAUCGCCCUUGCAGUAUCAAUCGCACUCGUAACCAUCAUCGCCAUCGGUCUCGUCGAGCAAAUCCACCACAUAGUCGAAGAAUACCACGUCUCCGACGCCUUCAUGGGCCUAAUCCUCGUCCCCAUCGUCGAAAAAGCCGCCGAGCACCUAACAGCCAUGGACGAAGCCUGGGACAACCAAAUGAACUUCGCGCUCUCGCACGUCCUCGGCGCCACCAUCCAAACCGCACUCUUCAACGCACCACUCACCAUCAUCGUCGCCUGGGGCCUCCACAAACCCAUGGAUCUCAACUUCGAGCUCUUCGACAUGGUCAUGCUGAUCCUGGCUAUUCUCGUGGUAGGCAAUUUCCUCAGGGAUGGGAAGAGUAAUUAUCUAGAGGGCGCGCUGUGUGUAUUGGUUUAUAUGAUUAUUGCUGUUGCGGCGUUCUACUAUCCGAAUCCGAAGGAGGGGGAGAGCGCGAGUGGGAGUGAGGAGGUGGAGACGGCGCAUAAGAGGAUGUUGGUUGGGAUGUUGGGAUUGAGUUGA